UCAAAUAUUACAUUUCUAAGGAUAAACCCACACAUGGUCAUGUCAUCAGCUCUUAAAAGUCAACUAAAUGAAACUUCUAAACACAAGUACAAUAACCAGGAGAUACAUAAACUAUUGAGAUAAUGGCAUCCACACCCACUUCUUGAGUAUGGUGUACUUUUGAGAGUGUGUUUGCAAGUUAGACAUAAAAUCAAGACAUGUUUGUCAUUGUCUCUAAAUGAGAUCUCAUUUAGAGACAUAAGAAGUUACAUUGGUGGUAAUUGCCUUUAAGAAAGAUCCAAUGACCACAAAUCAAUGUCUGAAAAAGUUGUGAUUCAUUAUUAUUUGAGUGUUUUAAAAUAAUUUUAGGGAGAGGGUUUCUGUAAAUAAGAGAAAGAGUAAGGGAUUAGGGUUUUAGGACCCUAAUAGGAAGACAUGGCUGUGCAGGUCGGAAUCCCUGGUAUUUGUGUUGUUAUAUCCGGCAACUGGGGCUGCUCUGCUGACGGAGUUUGGGAAUUUAAAGUCGACAGCAAACUUCUGUCGAGGGCUUGGAGGUUGUGGAGAAACGGUUCACCAUUAGAACUCGUGGAUCCAACCAUUUCAGAGAAUUGUGAAACAGAACAAGUGACAAGAUGCAUCCACAUUGCGUUGCUAUGUGUUCAACGCAAUCCCACAGAUCGCCCCAGCUUGUCGACAAUCCACAUGAUGCUCAUUAACAAUUCUCCCAUAUUUUACCUGAUCCUCAACAACCUGGAUUCUUCUUUCCAAGUAAAAGCAACCAAGAACGAGAUGGCAACGACUCUAGCCACUCUACGAACAAGUCCAGUUCCCAAACCAUCAAUGAUGUAACCAUUACAGAUCUUAAACCUCGUUGACGUUGAGAUAACAUUAAGUCCAUUAAUUCAGUGUAACUAAAUUUUAAUUUCUGCAUCAAUAAAACAUGUGAACAUACCAAUCAAA